UCGCAGCUCCACCAGCAUAGCCAUCACCUCGAAUUUGUCACUCGCUCGAGACAACAGCCAAAAAUCGACAUGGUUCCCAAGGCUUUGGUUCUCCUCUGCUUCGCCGCUGGGCUCAGCGCCAUCCAAGCAGGAGUAGUGCCCGUGGCAGUCGCACCCGCACCGGUCCUCGCCAAAAUCGAGAGCAUCGACGCCCACCCGCGCUACAGCUUCGCCUACGACGUCCAGGACUCCCUGACCGGGGACUCCAAGGCCCAGUACGAGACCCGCGAUGGUGAUGUUGUCCGGGGCAGCUACUCCCUCAUCGAGGCCGAUGGCACCAGACGCAUUGUCGACUACACCGCCGACGACGUCAAUGGGUUCAACGCCGUCGUCAGUCGGGAGCCUGCCAUCGUGGCUGCUGCCCCGGUAGUGGCUGCCAGGACUCCAGUGGCUGCUCCGGUGGUGUCUGCCCCGGUCGUGGCAGCUAGAGCCGUCGCUAGUGCCCCCAUCGCUCGCGUCAGGGCCGUUGCAGCGCCGCUGGUCGCCAGGCCCGUGGCCGCAGCUCCGGUUGUGGCUGGACCGGCUCCGGUUGUGGGAGCUAGGGCCGUUGCCGCGCCGGUGCUGGCCAGGACCGUUGCUUACUCGCCGAUCCCGAGGGCUGUGGCUACUAGGGUGGGCUUGCCGCUCGCCUACUCCGCGUACGUCGUUUAGGCCCAACCGUUUGUUGUCGCGUUCUUCUUUUUCUUUGGUUUUUUUUUUUUUUUACGUAAAAAAUGAAUUUUGUUACUUUGCCUCUGUGUAUACUCGUUGUCAUUGUUACUUGCGAGCGUAUAUAUACAUUGAU